AGAGCACAGGCAUGUGUGUUAGCUCAGGCAAACUGGUUGGUUGUAUGGUUUAAACUGAUUGAUCACAACAUAUGAGUGCAAUGUCUGUCAUUGAAUGUCUGUAGUGAUGGCAAUGUAUUGUUGGCAAAGAGUAGUGCCAUAUGUUGUGGCCGUCAGUCUGUUGGUCUGCACGUGUCUGACCCGUGCAUUGGCUGAGAGCUAUAGUUCAACCAAUUUUGAGGAUAAGUUGGGUAUUGCCUAUGAAUUCAAGAUACAUAUCGAUGCCGGAAAAGAGGACUGUUUUUAUCAAUAUAUUCAACAAUCGUCAUCGUUAUACGUGGCCUUUCAGGUUAUGAGAGGUGGUGACAAUCAGGCAGGGUUUGCCAUUAGGGAUCCAAUAGGACAGUUGAUUAUGCCGUAUCAGUGGAAACCACACGCAGAGUAUGACGAGGCAUCCGUCCAAACCCCCGGCUAUUAUUCCCUAUGUAUUGAUAAUACUGUUUCACGUUUUGCCUCAAAACUGGUCAGUCUAUACGUGGCCUCAUUCAAGCGGGACGAGUGGGAAAAGUAUAUACAAGAGUUGACUGAUGCCGAGGUCACUGUCGGUAACUUUACAAAUGCAUUGCGAACUGUGGACAACAAUAUUGGUUUAAUGAUUAAGAGUUUGGAUCACUCGAGAAGACUUAAUACCGCCGAUUGGUAUCUCGUCGACGGAAACAAUAGAUAUGUCCGGAACUGGUCAAUAGCACAAUGUAUUGUCGUUGUUAUAUCAUCUGUGGUUCAGGUGGUGUUUGUCAAGAAAUUGUUUGACUCUAAAGAUCCUCUUAAAGGCAAACCCAGGGCUUGAAAUUAAUUUUACUUAUUAUUAAAAAAGAUCUGAAAUUGGAUAUUAAAAAAAAGUUAUUUGUUUAAAUGGGUUUUUAUAUAUUGAUAUUAAUUAUGCUUUAACGUUGCAUUAAAUGUUAAGCAAUGUUGAGUUUUGGUAUUGAAAAUACUUUAUAUUAUAAAUUAAUUUUGAUUAUCAAUCGCUUUACUAUAUAUUCAAACAUUCCCGUUGUGUUGUUAAUCAUAAUUAUAUUAUUUCCAAAUGAAUUAUAUUUUCAAUUAUUGUUUUAUCAUAAAA